CGCAUCUGCGGACCACGGCCUCGUCAUCCUCUCCAGACCCAGACUUCAAUCAACUAGAGCCGAGACACCUCGUCGUCGCUCCUUCACCGGACCUCGUAGCUGCUGCCCGGUGGUGCUUGCUUGCUGGCUGGCUGGCUGGCUUGCCAUUGCCGGUGAAAGAUGUACUCAUGCACUCAUCGCCCGGGACACAUGAUGAUGAUGAUGAUGAUGAUAUAAGACAUGCAACAAGGCGAUGGAUCUACAGUGCACCAUUGACCAGGCUUUGCGUUGCUUUUUCUGCUCCGCCGUCCGCUGUUACCUAGUUGCCUGCUUCCCGCCCAUAUGUUGCUUCUCACUGCCACCACUACCCUAUCACGUCAGCGCGGCGCUUCACUGUUGUGCGAUGAGGUACCGCAAGGUGCCUAGCUGUAUUGGUGGGUACGGCCAGACAAUCGCAGUGCUGGACGAUCCGUACUCCAUCUAGGCAGAUUAAUUGUUGAUUACCAGCGGAUUCUUAGCAUCCCAAUGAUCCCAUAUAGUGCCUGCCUGAGCAAUAUACCCAUCAUUCCAUGGGACAACCGGCCGACCGGUCAUGAGAAUGUACCGUCGGAUCCUCUAUUAAUAGACAACCGCUGUAGAGCAAUGAUGAAACCUUAGCACAGCCCGAGAACAAGAAUGAGGCUGAUCAAAUGUUUUCCUUCAUGCCCUUGGAGCUGCAAAUGUGAAACUAAUCAGCAAGUCGCAUGCGCUAGUGAAUGGUAAAAGACUGACUAAGCAGCAAAUUAUCCCAUGCACAGAGCUAUGAUGAAAAAAUUAAAAAAUUUAGAGAACCCGGACCCUUCUUUCCCUUACAAACAUCCCCACAUACUUCACAAGAAUAUCGCAAUGUCCGACUCCGGUUCCAGCUCUUCCGAUGAAGAGAGAAAGCUCAAAGCCCUGAAAAAACAGGCGAAGAAGGAAAAGAAGGAGAAGAAAAAGUCGAAGCCGUCCAAAACCUCACCUCCGAACUCUGAUGCAGAGGAAGACAACGAAGCAACCGAAGCCCUCACACCUUCCUCCAAGAAGCGCAAGCGCGAAAUCGUUCCCGAUGAAAUCGAAAUCGACAUCAACCUUCCCGAGCCCGCCUCCAAAAAAGCCGCUCGCAAAGCCAAAAAGGCAAAAACCCAGCCCCCCACUGCCAAUGGCGCAGCAGACCCAACCGAUGCCACCACCACGACCGAUGCAGCAGUCUCAGGUACCUUGCCAGACGCUACAAAGCGCUCUGAUCACAGUGUCUGGAUAGGCAACCUCCCCUGGUCUGCGAACAGAGAUCUCAUCCUCACCUUCCUGACCACCAAUGCCGAGAUCAAGCCCUCAGACAUCACUCGCAUCCACAUGCCGGCGCCCAAGGCACCUCCACGACCCAAUUGGACCGACGACAAGCCGCAGAACAAGGGCUUUGCAUACGUUGACUUCGCAAGCGAGCUCGCCAUGUACGCCGCCAUCGCACUGACGGAGACGCGCAUGGACAACCGCCCGCUUCUGAUCAAAAACUCCAAGAACUUUGAGGGCCGCCCGGACAAACCCAAAGACGACGGAACCACAACCUAUGCCACCGAUGGAACUGGGAAAGGCGCGAAGCGCGCACCUGGGACCCAGGAACCCAAAGCGCCGAGUCGCAAGGUCUUUGUUGGUAACCUCGCCUUCGAGACGAGCAAGGAGGACUUGGAGUCCCACUUUGCGCCCUGCGGCACUGUCGAGCACAUCCACAUGGCUACGUUUGAGGACUCGGGCAAGAGCAAAGGGUUCGCGUGGGUGUCGUUUGAGGAUAUCGAAGCUGCGACGUGUGCGGUCAAGGGCUUCAUCCACCAGGUGGAUGACGCGGGUAAGAAGCGCAAGUGGAAGCUCAACAAGCUAAUGGGCCGGGAGCUGAGGUGCGAAUUCGCCGAGGACGGAUCCACGAGGUAUCAGAAGCGGUUUGGCAAAGAAAAGGGCGGUGAUGUAAAGAUAUUCGAUGACGGUGAUGAGGGGAGCGUACACCCGUCGCGCCGACAGAGACCGGCUGGAUCGGAGGGUAGAGGGAGAGGAGGAGGUGGUGGUGGUGGAUUCAAGCCGAGAGGCAAAGUCGAUCCUCGCUCGAUUGCAUCUGGAAAAGCGCAUGCAAACGCUCCUAGGGCUUCGGCAGCCAUCGUGGAGAGUAAAGGCAAGAAGACGACAUUUGAAUAAGUUGAGCGACAUUAUAUUGAAAAUCUCUUGUAUUAAAUGUUUUUCUCAAUUCGCAGGUGUCAUCGAGCGACCAUAAGACGUUCUUAUCGAAAAUACUUUCGACCGCAUCUGCGCUGGAUUAUCAUACCUGUGGUUACAUUCAUGAAUAUGUAUACACAUCUAGGCUCAUCAACGGCCUCAGAUGCCGAUCACGUCUUUUUCACUCUUAC